AUGGCGUCAACAACCACAAACAACGCCUACGUCCUCGGCGUAGGAAUGACCCAAUUCCUUAAACCACGCCGCACGCGCGAAUAUCCCGAACUCGGUUACGAAGCGGGUGUGAAAGCCAUGAUCGAUGCCCAGAUCAACUACGACGAUGUACAAACUGGAAUCGCAUGCUAUUGCUACGGAGACAGCACCUCUGGCCAGCGGAUCUUCUACCAAUUCGGCAUGACGGGCAUCCCUAUCUACAACACCAAUAAUGCCUGUGCUACGGGGUCAACAGGUCUACAUUUGGCGCGGACGAUGGUGAAGAGUGGUACCGCAGACUGUGUGCUCGUCGUUGGGUUUGAGCAGAUGCGACCGGGCUCCAUUAAGAGUGUUUGGGAUGAUCGGCCCAGUGCGCAUGGACCGUCGACUCGGAUGAUGGAGGAGGUGUAUGGCAAGGAUCCGGCACCGAGGAAUGCGCAGUAUUUUGGGAAUGCGGGGAGGGAGUAUAUGACUAAGUUCGGAGCCAAAGCAGAGGACUUUGCAGAGAUUGCGCGUAUCUCGCAUGAACAUUCUCAGAGGAACCCAUAUGCUCAGUUCCGGACCUCGUAUACGCUCGAGGAGAUCCAGAACUCGGGAACCAUCUUUGCUCCGUUGACCAAGUUGCAAUGCAGUCCCACCAGUGAUGGUGCUGCAGCCGCUGUUAUUGUAUCGCAACGAUUUCUGGAUGCCCGACCCCACCUUAAAUCCCAGGCUAUUCUCAUUGCGGGACAGCAGCUUAUGACCGACGGACCGGAAGUGUACUCACGAAGUGCAAUCGACCUGGUGGGCUUCCAGAUGAGCAAGCAAGCAGCCGCACGCGCCAUGGCAGAAGCGGGUGUCACGCCAAAGGAUAUCAAGGUGUGCGAGCUGCACGACUGCUUUUCGGCAAACGAACUGCUACUCCUUGAUGCUCUUGGCUUCGCAGAGCCAGGAAAGGCCCAUGAGCUGGUUCGCCGGGGUGAUAUUACAUACGGUGGUCGUGGACUUGUCAUCAACCCUUCCGGUGGACUUAUUUCCAAGGGUCAUCCUCUUGGCGCGACUGGUGUGGCCCAAUGUGCCGAGCUCACUUGGCAGUUGCGGGGAUGGGCUACCAAUCGCUUGGUUAAGGGGACUAAUGUUGCUUUGCAACAUAAUCUAGGUCUUGGUGGUGCGGUCGUUGUGACCGUUUACAAGAGGGCUGACGGACAGAGCAACCCAACUCUUUCGGAUGCAGAGGUCCGACAGAAGUCUGCGUUGGGAUACAAUCCGGCGGUUGAGGCGCGCUAUGUUAGACCUGAGGAUGGGGAGAAGGUCCGGAGUCGGACUAAGCGACAUGACCACCCGUUGAAGGAGACGGUGGGAACCCUGGCUGCACGUAUUUAG